AUGGAUAAAACCAUGAAGAUCACCUGCUCUGGGAGCAGCAACAACUAUGGCUGGUACCAGCAGAAGGUCCCUGGCAGUGCCCCUGUCACUGUGAUCUAUCUUAAUGAUAAGAGACCCUUGGACAUCCCUUCACAGUUCUCUGGAUCCAUAUCCAGCUCCACAGGCAUGUUAACCAUCACUGGGGUCCAAGCUGAGGAUGAGGCUGUCUAUUUCUUUGGUGCCUUGGACAGCAGCAGCUCUGCUGGUCAAGGUUCCCUGGUCCAGGCAGCAGUGACUCAGCCAUCCUCUCUGUCAGCCAAGGUGGGAGACACCGUCAGGAUCACCUGCUCUGGGGGUAGCAGCAGCAGCGACUAUGGCUGGUUCCAGCAGAAGGUCCCUGGCAGUGCCCCUGUCACUGUGAUCUACUACAAUAACAACAGACCCUCGGACAUCCCUUCACAAUUCUCCGGAUCCAGGUCUGGCACCACGGGCACGUUAACCAUCACUGGGGUCCAAGCCGAGGACGAGGCUGUCUAUUUCUGUGGUAGCUAUGAAGGCAGCAGCAGCAGUGGCUAUGGUGUGAGCUCCACGGCCACGUUAACCAUCACUGGGGUCCAAGCCGAGGACGAGGCUGUCUAUUUUUGUGGUGUCCAGGACAGCAGCGGUUCCCUGGUCCAGGCAGUGCUAACUCAGCAGCCAUCCUCGCUGUCAGCCAAUGUGGACAACACUGUCAGGAUCACCUGCUCUGGGGGUAGCUAUGGCAACUAUGCCUGGUUCCAGCAGAAGAUCCCUGGCAAUGGCCCUGUCACUGUGAUCUACAGCAAUAACCAGAGACCCUCGGACAUCCCUUCGCAAUUCUCUGGAUCCUAUUCCAGCUCCACAGCCACGUUAACCAUCACUGGGGUCCAAGCCGAGGACGAGGCUGUCUAUUUCUGUGGUGGCUGGGACAGCAGCAGUGGCAGUUGGUUCCCUGGUCCAGGCAGCGCUGACCCAGCCAUCCAAGUUGUCGGCCAAGGUUCCCUGGUCCAGGCAGCAGUGACCCAGCAGCCAUCCAAGAUGUCGGCCAAGGUGGGAGACACGGUCAGGAUCACCUGCUCAGGGAGUAGCAGCAACUAUUAUGGCUGGUUCCAGCAGAAGGUUCCUGGCAGUGGCCCUGUCACUGUGAUCUACUGGGAUAACAGCAGACCCUUGGACAUCCCUUCGCGAUUCUCCGGUUCUACCUCCGGCUCCACGGGCACGUUAACCAUCACUGGGGUCCAAGCCGAGGACGAGGCUGUCUAUUUCUGUGGUGGCCAGGACAGCAGCAGUACUGCUGGUGAAGUGACAAAGACAGAGGAAUUAAAAGCAUAGAUAUUCAGUCCUUCUCAUGGCCAAGCAGAGUUGUGGCUGUGGGACUGGGGAAGGUUUAUGUCUCCUCUGCAUUACCAUGGCUAUGAAUACCAUUUUUUGUCCCAGAGAACAGAACUUUAUGGCUGGGGACCAUUGUCCUUGUCCCUGCAAAACUCGUAUAUAUGUGUAUCUUGUAUAUCUAUGUUCCACAGCUCACUGCCUCUUGCUACUGAUGACCA